AUUGAGCGAGAGUUUUCCUCUCUCUCCUAUCCUCUAUCGGAACGAGCAGGGCACGCUCCUCUCCCUCUCCCUCUCCCUCCCAACUCUCUCAAGCUCAACGACGACGAAACCGGCAGCAAAAGAAAAAUCUAGGGUUAGGGUUUAGAUCAAAGAACAUGAAGAAAUUCUCGCUUCAAUAAAGUGAGGAGCGGAAAUGAUGCAAUCUUGCGGUCUCCUCUCGUGCGGGAGAUCCCCAUCUCUCGCAAUCUCGGCCUCUCCGACGAAACUCGAUAGAAGAUUCGCGAAGAAUCCAUUCGCCUUGCAGUGUAGAUACACAUCACAGUUGAAAUCAUUGCAUAGAAUCAUCAAAGUUCAAGCAUCAAAUUUGGAUCUUGGAGCCGGGAGUUACGAGGAUUCUGGAGCAAAUGAUCGGCAUAAAGAUCUCGUUAACAGCUCUGCCAAUGAGACUUCAGCUCAAUCAACAAAGCCUCUUUCAGGACCUCGUUACCUGCUAUCUAUUGCUGGUGUUCUUCUUGGAUGUGCAUUAUUGUUUACACUUAUCGUUUCCUUCAAGGGAGGACCAUCUGCACUUGUAGCUGCACUGGCAAAAUCAGGGUUUACUGCUGCAUUCACAUUGAUAUUUGUUUCAGAAAUUGGAGACAAGACAUUUUUCAUUGCUGCUCUAUUGGCUAUGCAGUAUGACAAAUUACUGGUUUUAUUGGGAUCAAUGGGUGCUCUUUCUCUUAUGACAGCCUUAUCUGUGAUAAUUGGACGGAUAUUUCAUUCUGUUCCCUCGCAGUUUCAAACAACAUUACCUAUCGGAGAAUAUGCAGCUGUGGCACUUCUUACAUUCUUCGGUUUGAAUUCCAUAAAAACUGCAUGGGAGCUUCCAUCUGAUGCAGGCAAGAAGGAUAAAGAGAGCGCAGAACUUGGAGAAUUUGUUGAAGCCGAGGAGCUGGUGAAAGAAAAGGUGGAUAAGAAGCUCACAAAUCCUUUCGAGAUCAUCUGGAAGUCUUUCAGCGUUGUUUUCUUUGCGGAAUGGGGUGAUCGUUCAAUGCUGGCUACUAUUGCCUUGGGUGCUGCUCAGUCUCCAUGGGGUGUGGCUGGUGGAGCUAUCACAGGGCACCUGUGUGCAACUGUAAUUGCAAUUCUCGGAGGAGCAUUGCUGGCCAACUACAUUUCUGAAAAAGUGGUUGGUUAUCUCGGCGGAGGAUUGUUCUUAUUAUUUGCUGUGGCUACACUAUUUGGAGUUUUCUGAUACCUUUUAAUACCAAUAUGAGAGAGAAAGGGGAUAAAAAGCAACAGAUAACAUCCAAAGGAAUUUGUGCGCUGUUUUGUGACUGAAACAGCACGGAGAGUGCUAAGAGCUUACCCCCCAAAAGCCCAGAGCUGGUCCUUGAAAAAUAUCAGGUUUGGUUGUCCGUCGACAAAUAAUCCCCUGUAAUCCUUGUGUGUAAUUUUUUUAACAUUCAGAUUAUACAUUGUAGAAUUUCAAAGUUCUAUUAUUAUUCGUACACGCACAUGCACAUAUAUCCAUUACCAAAGAGAUUUGAACAGAUAA